CUCCCUGCCAGCGACUUCACAUCUGCCUCAGACGAGCUGAUAGAAAGAGCAGAAGACAUGGCUGUGGUUAGUGGAACUUACCGUAUGGUGUCGGAAGAGGAGCAGGCUCUCAGGGCCAAGCUGGAACGUCUCACCGUCAAGGACCAUGGGCCAGUGUUUGGACCCUGCGCCAGCCUGCCGGACCACACCAAGCAGAAGGCCAAGGACGAGCUGAAUGAGACAGAUGAGAAGCGUGUUUCGGCGGUGAAGGAGCUGCGAGGGAUGAUAAAGGAGAAGGCAGAUGCAGGAGACGACCUGGCCAAGGGCGUGCAGGACACGUUUGGGGAGAAACCAGACAGUUUGCUGGUCCGCUUCAUCCGCGCCAGGAAGUACGACGUGCCCAGAGCCUUUGACCUGAUGAAGGGCUACGUGCGUUUCAGGAAGGAUUACCCCGAGCUGUUUGAGAAUCUGACCCCGGAGGCUGUACGCAGCACCAUCGAAGCCGGCUACCCCGGCAUCCUGCCAAGCAGAGACAAAUAUGGCCGCGUGGUUCUGCUCUUCAACAUUGAGAACUGGGACUAUGAGGAGAUCACAUUUGAUGAGAUCCUGCGUGCUUACUGUGUGAUCCUGGAGAAGCUGCUGGAGAACGAGGAGACUCAGAUCAACGGGUUCUGCAUCAUUGAGAACUUCAAGGGCUUCACCAUGCAGCAGGCGUCAGGAAUCAAACCCACCGAGCUCAAGAAGAUGGUGGACAUGUUGCAGGACUCAUUCCCCGCCCGUUUCAAAGCUGUGCACUUCAUCCACCAGCCCUGGUACUUCACCACCACCUACAAUGUGGUCAAACCACUCAUGAAGAGCAAGCUGCUAGAGAGAGUGUUCGUCCACGGAGAUGAGCUGGAAAACUACUACAAGGAGUUUGAUGCCGACAUCCUUCCCUCUGAGUUUGAUGGAAAAGGUGCCAAGUACGACGGCAAGGGCGCAGCAGCCAAGCUGUUUGACUAAAGCCUCCUCCAUCCCUUUGCGCCAAACCAGGCGAAGAGCCAUUAUGUAUAACAAACCCCCCCACAGACUGUGGAGACUCAAAGCCCAAAUCUAGCUGUGUGGUUGUAGGAAAAAAAUAUGAAUGAAAGUGUGUGAAAAACUCAGAUGGUGUUGUUUUCCAGAGGUCCUGACAAAACACAGUCCAACAGUAAACCACAUUAUUCUCUAUCAACCAUUUGGUCGACACUUUAACACCUAACAGUUUCUCAUUUUUAGCUCUGAUGACCAA